CGGUAGCACUUCAUGGGCCCAUGGAAAUGCAAGCUCUGAGAUCUGUCCCCCAGCAAGCAUGGAAGUGGAGGGACCACUGAAAGAUUGUUCAGAUGAGUCUCUCCGUGGGCUGGUCUCUAUGUCCCCAGAGUUGGAAUCUUCAUCAGUGAGGAGAACGAUGUGGAAUGGGGCCGUUGGGACUGUGGCAAACGAGACUGUAGGUCUUCAGAGUCCUGUGUUGUCUGCGCCUGGCUCUGUAAGAGGAGGAGAUAGCAAUGGGGUUGUGGGUGCUGCUGGUGGCAGUCAAAAGGGUAGGGGGGAUGGAAGCCUGCAGAAGCAAGAGCAGCAGGAGGCUGUAGUGCUGCAGACGCCCUCUUGCGGGCCUUCUGAGAAAGCAGCUGCGCCUCCUCCCUCCGCAGCCGACAUUACUAUGGUGGCCGCUGCUGUCCUUGCUGCACUGGGGGGAUUGGGGGGUAGCGGAGUGGACAAUAUGAUUGACCAGGGCCUUCUGCUCCAGAUACUAAAAAAUCCGUCCUUGAUGAACACGCUCCUGCCCCCGGGCAGCGGGGAGACCAAAUCUGACGCCGUCAAUAUUCUCAGCUGUGGAGACGGGAGCUGUGGUGGUGCAGAUCUUGCUUCUGAGCGGGGCACCAAUCUUUCCUUGGACUUUACCACGUCGUCUCAAGGACUAGCUGCAGCAGCUGAUGGAAAACAGCAAGGAAGUGGAGGCGGUCAGAGUAAAGUGAAAGAAGAAGGAAUUGCAAGGCAGGGCCCACCUCUGGGAGGUUUGGCUCCUGUGAACGAGUCCAGGGUAGGGCCCGCGGGUGCCGGGGGAGGUUGCCCGUCGACGGUGGCCACGCAUGCCCCUGCAUUGAAAACUGGUUGUUGCCCCGGGGAGGGCGGUGCCGCUGCCAGUACACUGCUGAACGGGAUUUUGGCAGCAAGCCGCCAAUGCCCCUCUGCGGCAGUGCAGGUUUUAGCAGAACAGCCUUCCAGAAGCAGGGCAGUGGAGGAUGAUCUGCCGCUGCUACCACCAGGGUUUGAGAAUUCUGCCGGGGUUCGUCUCCAGAAUGGUGGCAACGAUCUAGGAGGGGGCAUGCAAUCGUUACGUAUUGGUCGAAUGAUGCCUUCCCAAAGCACCAGCUCCUGGACAGGACAGAGUGCAGGUGAUACGCGGUCUCCUGACGGAUAUCCUGGCCAUGAUGUCGAUACCACAGCAGCAUGUAGGGCCGUUUCAGAUGUGCAUGGCCCUCCUACUGCAGGACCAGGUUGUCAAUUCCCACUGCCUUUCGUCGACGCGUCUACCCCCACAGCCGGUGGCAUGCUCCCAGAGGCGGAUUUAAGCGGCAGAGUAGGGACGUCGGGAGUGGGAGUGGCUGUGCAGAGAGCAGGUCUUGAAGGCGCUAGGUAUCAUGGUGGCUGUGGAGCGGGUAGGGGGAUGACUGGGCGAGGAAGGGGCCAUUUUGGUGCAAAUCGGUAUGCAAGAGAGUGGACGGUUGACCAUGUGGAUGCAUGUGGGUCUCGGGAAGGCUCGGGUUUUGAGCUUGGGGAAGGUCCCGAGAUGGGCUACAUGUCUGCAGGCGCAGGUGACAUGGGACCAGGAUAUCAUGGAGGAGGCGGAGGAGGAGGAGGAGGAGGAGGAGGAGGGAGAUUACUAAGGCUGAGCAAGGUUCCAUGCGCGUUCUUUGGCUCUAGUACAGGUUGUAGGAAUGGUUCAAGAUGUCCCUUCCUGCAUGAUCCAGCGGUCCUUGUAGGAAGAGGGUCCUUGCCAAUGCAGAGACUCAAUAAUGAUGACCACGCGAUCUAUCAGUCAGUAGCACCCAAUUCAACCCCUUUUGCUGGGGGACCGGCACCACCACCGGAGGUUGAUAAGAGGCCUAGAAGCAGCACAGCACCAUCAUCAGCAUCAUUAUGGUCAUGUAACCCCCGCAGCAAUGGAAGAUGAGAAAAAUGAAGUGGUUGGGAAAAUGACGGCAGUUUUCGAAUAUAACUCCUCACGUCUCCCCUCCCUUGCCCUCUCCUCAAGGGUUAGCCGUUGCCUUGCAUGGCCGCAUAACGCCAGCUUAAUUUCACACAAAAGGACCUUCUGCACAGCAGCAAAUUCUGUGCCUGUUUGUUUCUUGUUUGUGCAUGCUCUGUCGUGAUCAUCAGCCGCACACACAAGCGAAUGAUCUGUCGAAUGACGCCCUGGCACCGGUGCUCACCGCACACCUCGGCCGCGCAACUGCUGGCUGGAUGGACUUCUACUGAUGGGUAUUCCACACAUCCAAUGGUCAGGAAGAAGUCCCUUUCAUGGAAAAUGUGAUGUUCAGAUGGUUAAGAGACUGCCGCCACAUGCCAGUCUCAGGUUGAGUGGCUUAUGCGUCCAAUCAAGCAAUUACUGAGCCACUAGCAGCCUUCUAGUCCACCGGUCCUCGCUCCAUGAGGUUAGCGAGCUGUUAUCAAGCCUUGCAUUGGUCUGGUAGCAGUCUACUAAUCCACAGAGCUACACACUUUCUCUGGCCCACCCAGGUCUCCACCGGUCCAGGACUGAAGCCAGGUACUUAUUUACUGAUUGCCUGUUCGCACCUGAGCAGUCCACUCAUCAAUUGAUUCUGCUCAGUUGAGGAUUUCCUUCAUGCACUGGCAUCACAUGCGGCCUUCCCAUUCGUCCCUCAGAGCUUCAUUUCGCUUCACCUUUAUCUAAGAGUCUGCGGGUGCGGUUAAACAAUCAAUCUUGGAUUUUGGUGGUGAAAACGAGUGCGUGCCCGGUUGGUAAGAAGUUGAUGAGUAUGUGAUGAAACGCUAUGUACAGACGCAGAUUGUCUAUGGAUGCCUUGAGGCGCAGAGCAUCUUAACAUCCCCUUUGGUGCCUAACACACACACACACACACACACACACACACAGAGAGAGAGAGAGAGAGAGAGAGAGAGGCCAAAGAAACCGAGUCGUGUGAAGUGUGCACGGACAGUGUUGACGUGUGAAGUGUGCACGGACAGUGUUGACGGAAGCAAAAUGUGGAGGUUCGAACUGGUCAUGGAGUUGAGGUAGGGCUGCGUUCGUGUUUCCAUAGGCCAGCGCAGGCAGCAAGGAAAUCAAAAUGAGAUUUUGGGGGACAUGUUAUUCGAGCAUGCGAAUACUUUCUCAACGUUCAUUUCAAGGCUUGCAAGUUCACAAGUUUGAAGAAUUGUCAGGCAAACACUUUGCAGAGAUGUUUGUUGGAAAAUGGGGCAGCGAAGGUCGAUAGGGUGUGGGUGGGGUCAUAAUACGUGGAGUGUGUGGGUCUGCAUCGUUCCAUGACGGGGGCAAGGCCCCCAGUGGAGGAGGGGUAAGAUGUGCCUGGGUCAACGCGGAUGAGAGUCGCAGGUCGUGCAAUCGGAGUGUGUGCAGCAUGGUUAACAUUUUGAGGCAAUGUGCAAAAGCAUAUCUUUUGCAUGGGUGUCACAGUGCUCAUUGUACACAGAACAGAACGUAUGCAGAUGCAUGGUUAACAUUUUGAGGCAAUGUGCAAAAGCAUGUCUUUCACCCCUAUAGUGCACAACGAGGACUUGCACCACCUGUUGACUAGGCUUUCCCUGGACCACUGGACUGAAUCAGGCGGGGCGGGAUGCAAAGGUAUAGUUAAAAUGCGAGGGUAUAGUUGAAAUCAUUCAUUUCAGUUAUUCUGCAGCUUUCACAUAUUGAUAAGCAUCAAAGUGUGCAGUAAAUUCGACGGGCGAGU